UAGAGAUACAGUCUUCUUGAUAUAUAAUUAUUGACUGGAGAGUCACUGGACUGUCAAUACGAAAAAAGUUAUCCUCAUCAACUUCGCGCGCGCCAUUGGAUCACUCCUUUUCAAAUUCUACUUUCAUGUCGUCCAGUUCUGCCACACGGAUCCGUCGAGAAGAGGAUGUACAGAAGGCCUAUGAUAUUCAAGUACAAGCAGGGUUAGAGGGAGCCGCAAGAUUCACAGCAGUUGGAGUUGGUCUUAGCAUUGUUGCGCAUUAUUCUUGGCCAGCUUUCCGACGCCAAGGGCGUCCUUUCAAAGCAUUACUAUUAUCGUUGUUUUGUGUAGCUGGUGUAGUAUUCGGAGCAGAGCGUGCCCUCAUUGCACAUGAGGCACAACGAAGACUGGAAGAAAAUAACAUACGAAGAGUUGCUCGCUUUGAACUUACGAAACAAGGCAUUGUACCCACCGAAACCGAAAUCGCAAAAUGGAGGGAGGUUAAUGAGCGUCAGGAUUAAGAAGUAAUUAUCCUAACGUAUGUAUCCAAAUAUCAGUUAUAAUCAUGGGCAGUGGUA